AGGAAGAGGAGGAGGAGGUGAAAGUCUGAAUAAGAAAGCAGCUCCUCCCGCUUCCUCGAGCUGCCUGCAGUCCGGACAGCAGCGGCAGAAAAGCACCAAUCAGCCGCGAAAUCGCGUCCUUCUCUGGAUUUAACGCACCGACGGUGAGCGACACUCCGCCGGAGCACCGACAGCGAACCCACCGCCGACAUGCUCUCCCCGGGACUCUCCGUGUCUCUGCUGGCCGUGUCCUGCGCCCUGUGGCCGGCUGCGGUCCGGGCGGCGUCCUGCGAGUCGGUGCGGAUCCCGCUGUGCCGGUCCAUGCCGUGGAACAUGACCAAGAUGCCGAACCACCUCCACCACAGCACGCAGGACAACGCGGUGCUGGCCAUCGAGCAGUUCGAGGGGCUGCUGGGUACCGGCUGCAGUCCAGACCUGCUCUUCUUCCUGUGCGCCAUGUACGCUCCCAUCUGCACCAUCGACUUCCAGCACGAGCCCAUCAAACCGUGCAAGGCGGUGUGCGAACGGGCCAAGUACGGCUGCGAGCCGGUGAUGAAGCGCUACAACCACAGCUGGCCCGACAGCCUGGCCUGCAGCGAGCUGCCGCUGUACGACCGCGGCGUCUGCAUCUCACCGGAGGCCAUCGUCAAGGCAGAGGGACCAGAUCCAUACUACCAGGACCCAGCCAGGUGUAACCCAGAAUCCAGUCCAGACUUCCCAAUGGACUCCAGCAACCUCCACUGCAGAGGACCCAACGGAGAUCGCUGCAGGUGUAAGACAGUCAAAAUGGGCCAAAAGACCUACGUGAAGAACAACUACAACUAUGUGAUCAGGGCCAGGGUGAGGGAGGUGAGGAACCGCGGCCUGGAGCCCACAGCGGUGGUGGAGGUGAAGGAGGUGCUCAAGUCGUCUCUGGUCAACAUUCCCAAGGAGACGCAGACGCUCUACUACUCUUCCUCCUGCCUGUGUCCCUCUCUGUCUCCCGGGGAGGAGUACCUCAUCAUGGGCUACGAGAACGAGGAGACAUCCAGGUUGCUCCUGAUUGACGGCUCUAUUGCUCAGAGGUGGAAGGACAAAAUGGGCAAGAAGGUCAAGAAAUGGGAUCAGGUCCUGCAGGGGAAAGGCCGAGCAGCUCAGCGCCGGAGUCGCCACUGAGAUCUGACUGUGUGUGCGUGUGUGUGUGUGAUCAUGUGUGUUUGCUUGCGUGUGUGUGUGUGUGUGUGUGUAGAUAUUGCACUAUCACAGGCUGUUGUAGCUGAAUGUAGUUCAUCUCUUCAUCCGUCAGACUGUUUGCAGUCUGAGAUUUGUCUUUUAUUUUCUUUGCACAAACAGUAUUUAGUGUGCGUUUUAGUGUGUGUGUGUGUGUGUGUG